UUGUGAAAAGAUUUUCACUAGACUAGCGAGGUAUGAAUUAUAUCAGUGUCCUCUUAGAAUUCAUGUCCAAAGAUGCUCUAUAGGACUACAACCAAUAACCAAGAAACUACGAGAAGGAUAGGACACAACUUACAAGGCAUUUUGAGUGCACAUCCCUUUCUCAUCUAUUGAAUCUGGGCAUUUAUAAUUAAUAUUUCCGAUUUUGUGCGGGAGGUGAACAAGAUAAAAGAAAGAAAGAUUGAUGAGUUCUUCUCCUUUAUUAAGAAUCGAAUAUAAGAAUUGUGUCGGAGGAUUUUGGAUUCGGGCAAUGUAAAGGCAAGGAAAUUUAGUGCGAAAAACCCAAAAAGAAAGCUAAAUGAAACCUUGACUUUGCUGCAAUGGGUAUCUAUCUUUUUCUCCUUGACUUUGCUGCAAUGGGCAUCUAGCUAAGCCUUAGCUACUGAAUCUCAUGCUUGCCUCUCAAGGGACAUGACCCGUAUUUGAUAAAUUUUUUUCAUUUGCAUAUGUGAUUACUCUAUAAAUAUUAAACAAUCGUAAAUAAAAAAUGUGUGCUUAUAGCUUUCCAGCAAAAUAAAUAUUUUCUUCCGUGGUGCAAUUUUCACCGCGAAGUGUAAUCCAUAUACCCAUUCUCACAAGCCAAGCCACCAUCAUGAACAACAGUGCAUUGAAGAAGACUUCAUCCUUUCCCGUGAAAAAGUCUCCUCCUUCAAUGCAAUUCCCUCGAUCAAUCCCAUAUCUUCCCGGAACUGCUUCUCUGAUUGAAUUCUCCACCUCACCUGAUCGCCUGGCCCUCGGACAAGAAGUAUAUCAUUUCGGUCACCCCCAACAUGGCUUCUAUAAAGUUGAUUUGCCUGACCGUUUUACCUGCUCCGGCUGCAGGGAUUAUGGCUCAGGCAAGAGGUUCACUUGCCGACAAUGUGAUUUUCAGUUACACGAGUUCUGCGGCAAGGUUCCUGAACAACUCAAGGCCCAUCCUCUCCACAUGCAUCACCAACUCUUUUUUUCUUCAAAACCAGUUAAAGGUGGACUUUAUAAAGCAAAGUGUGAUGUUUGUGGGAAGUCUGCGAAAGGUUACUCUUUCAGAUGCAACGCUUGUAGUUAUCAGAUGCAUCCAUGCUGUGCAAUGCUGUCCAAUGAAUUUACAAUUUCGGUCCAUCCACACCCACUAAGAAUCCUACCUCCUGCUGCUGCUGCUAUGAGUGUACCAAAUGGGGACAGUACUGCUCCCGGUUUUGUCUGCGGGGAAUGCAACAGAGCCAAGAGAUCAGGCCGGGUAUAUCGUUGCACGGUGUGUGAUUACCAUCUGCAUGCAGCUUGUGCAAAGAACAUGGUGAAUGGCCUGCCGGCCAAUGGCAUUAAGAAGUCCGGAAAGCUGGGAACUGUAGCUCGCCUUGCCUCUCAGGUAGUUCUCCAAUUCAUUGGAAGGCUCAUCGAAGGGAUUGGAGAAAGCGUAGGAGAAGCCCUCAUUCAAAGUGAUGAUAGAGGAAGGCGCCCAUGAACAGACACACACACAUAUUUGGAUUGAAAAUAUAAAUGCAUGGAUGAUAAUUAAUUAAACCAAUGUUAAAUGUGAAUAGCUAGCUGAUCAUGGGGUUAUAAGUAAAUGUGAAGAUAUGUGUUGUGAUUUGAUUAAUCCAUCGUGUAUUUGCCAAUCACUAUUACUUAAUACAUACUUUAAAUUUAGUUCAAAUGAGUUAAUUCUGAGAAUAAAGUAAUUUAAUUGGGUUAAUA